AUACGAUAUGGGAAGGCAGGUGAAGUCUUCAUUCAUAAGGACAAGGGCUUUGGCUUUAUCCGCUUGGAAACACGAACCCUAGCGGAGAUUGCCAAAGUAGAACUGGACAACAUGCCACUCCGUGGAAAGCAGCUGCAUGUGCGCUUUGCCUGCCACAGUGCAUCCCUUACAGUCCGAAACCUUCCUCAGUAUGUGUCCAGUGAACUGCUGGAGGAGGCCUUUUCUGUGUUCGGCCGGGUGGAGAGGGCUGUAGUCAUUGUGGAUGAUCGAGGCAGGCCCUCAGGAAAAGGCAUUGUUGAAUUCUCAGGGAAGCCAGCUGCUUGGAAAGCUCUGGACAGAUGCAGUGAAGGCUCCUUCCUGCUAACCACAUUUCCGCGACCUGUGACUGUGGAGCCCAUGGACCAGUUAGAUGAUGAAGAGGGACUCCCAGAGAAGCUGGUUAUAAAGAAUCAGCAGUUUCACGAAGAACGAGAACAGCCAGCCAGAUUCACACGGCCUGGCUCCUUUGAGUGUGAGCAGGCCAGGCGCUGGAAGGCACUUACUGAGAUGGAAAAGCAGCAGCAGGACCAAGUGGACCGAGACAUCAAGGAAGCUCGUGAGAAGCUGGAGAUGGAGAUGGAGGCUGCUCGCCAGGAGCACCAGGUCAUGCUCAUGAGGCAGGAUUGGAUGAGGUGUCAAGAAGAACUUCGGAGGAUGGAAGAGCUGCACAAUCAAGUGCAAAAACGAAAGCAGCUGGAGCUCAGGCAGGAGGAGGAGCGCAGGCGCCGUGAGGAAGAGAUGCGGCGGCAACAAGAAGAAACGACGCAACAACAGCAGGAAGGAUUAAAGGGAACCUUCCCUGAUGCGAGAGAGCAAGAGAUACGGAUGGGUCAGAUGGCUAUGGGAGGUGAUAUGGGCAUAAACAACAGAGGCGCCAUGCCCCCUGCUCCUGUGCCAGCUGGUACCCCAGCUCCUCCAGGACCAGCCACUAUGAUGCCAGGUGGAACCUUAGGGUUGACCCCACCAACAACUGAACGCUUUGGCCAAGGUGCUACAAUGGAAAAAAUUGGGGCAUUUGGUGGAACCCCUCCUGCGCUCAACUGUGCAGCUCCUGGAGCUGAAUUUGCUCCAAACAAACGUCGCCGAUACUAA